AUGUCUCAAUCAUUAAAGCCAUAUUUAACCGCUGUUAGAUCUUCAUUAACAGCAGCCAUAUGUUUGGAAGAUUUCUCAUCCCAGAUCGUGGAGAGACACAAUCGUCCAGAAAUAGAAGUUGACAACACACACACACCGGAAUUGAUUCUUAACCCGAUGAUAAUAGCAAGAAACGAGAAUGAAAAGAUCCUUAUCGAACCAUCAGUGAAUUCAGUCAGAGUAUCGAUUAAAAUCAAGCAAGCGGACGAAAUUGAACAAAUUUUGGUCCAUAAGUUCACCAGAUUCUUGACGUCAAGAGCCGAAAACUUUUUCAUUUUAAGAAGGGUGCCAAUUAAGGGCUAUGACAUAUCCUUUUUAAUUACAAACUUCCACACAGAACAAAUGUUGAAGGAUAAGUUGGUUGAUUUCAUUAUAGAAUUCAUGGAAGAUGUGGACAAGGAAAUUAGUGAAAUGAAGUUAUUUUUGAAUGCCAGAGCAAGAGUUAUUGCCGAGGCUUACUUGACUCCGUUUGAUUAA